UCGGCAUCAAACGUACCAUUGCGAUCGCGUGCUCUGUCUGUUUUAAGAAAAAGUGAACAAUCUCAGAUUGGGCUUAAUUUUUGAAUUCCCACGGUCGGUUUGUGCAAAGCCUAGAUGAAGUGAUAAUGAGCAAUAACUGGUACUAUCAGAUAAUAAUUGUGGCGGCGCUCGGCAGCAGUAUCGUCCUCAGUUGGUCAUCAGCGGAAGCCGUUCGUUAUGUGCCAAAAUGGAAGAAACAGGCCUGUGAGCUUCCGUCUGCCCAGAACGAGUACUCGCAUUACGUGUGCGACGAUAACGGCGAUGUCAAGUGUCUUCCAGGCUGGACUGGCGACCUGUGCGAUGUGCCCAUCUGCAAGAAAGGUUGCGACCCGCUGAACGGAUACUGCAAACGACCGAACGAGUGCCGCUGCAAACUCGGAUUCUACGGAGACAACUGCAAUCGCUGUAUUCCACUGCCCGGCUGCCAACAUGGUGGAUGCCAGCAGUCAUUCGAAUGCGUCUGCCACAAGGGUUGGGACGGGAUCUUCUGCUCGGAGCCGAUUUGCCGAGCGGAUUGUCACCCCUCUCGUGGUUACUGCGAAAAACCUGGGGAAUGCCGUUGCCGUCUGGGCUGGUCUGGUCCAACGUGUCGUGACUGUCAGGUUCUACCGGGAUGCCAACGUGGAACUUGUACAAAACCGUUGGAAUGCAAAUGUAUGCCCGGAUGGACUGGCAUCCUGUGUCAAACUCCAAUCUGCGCUAACAACUGCAGCCGUGAUCACGGUUACUGCCGUCGUCCCGGGGAGUGUCGUUGCCGUGUCGGCUGGAUGGGAGAUGAAUGCAACAAGUGUCACCCGUACCCGGGCUGUAAGAACGGAGACUGCCGGCGACCAUGGGAAUGUAACUGCAAACCCGGCUGGGGUGGAAUGCUAUGCGACGAAGAGUUAAAUUAUUGCGAGAAGAACCCGAACACGUGCCAGAACGGUGCAAAAUGUACAUCGCUGAUCAAGGACGAUGGUUUCUACAAGUGUGAAUGUCCCUCGGGGUACAAGGGGAUGCAUUGCGAAAUUCCUCCACCCUCGAUGACGACCAGUUCAACGACUACGACAGCAGCAACGAUUAGCACUGCUGAGACAACAACGGUCGACAGUCAGGAACAUGUGCAUGAAAAUGAGCAAAUGACAAGUUUGAGGCUACAGCUCAGCAAUGUGACAACGCAAUACCCUGGGGAGGACUAUCUAAGCGAUGAAUUUAGCGCCGAGGACGUGGACAAUGAGGCCUGAAUAGUUUUGACUUUUCUAUCAAAUAUCACUGAAGGAGCAUUUACAUAUUUAUAAAUAUUUAUUUAUUUAUUUACAAAACAUAUUUAU